UCUCUCUGCAGGGGAGUGGGAGAUUUGGAGAGGGGAAUGCACAGUAAAUAUGUUUUCCUUCAAAUUAGCAAAGUGUUUCGGACUGGAUUGAAGAUGGGUUGCGACAGGACGGGCAUAUUCGCUAACAUCUGCGGAAUGUUGGACGUUCGUCAGUGAGAAAUGCCCAGUGUUUUUCACUGUCGGUGUUAGCUAACGCAUAAAAUACAAGAUGAAGAAACAAUUCAAUCGAAUGCGACAGCUCGCCAACCAAACAGUUGGCAGGGCAGAAAAAACAGAAGUGUUGAGUGAGGACCUUCUGCAGGUGGAGAAGCGUCUGGAGUUGGUGAAGCAGGUCUCCCACAGCACUCACAAGAGGCUCACCGCCUGCCUGCAGGGACAGCAGGGGGCAGAAGUGGAGAAGAGGUCCGUCAAAUCCCCUUCGAAAAAGCUUCCACUUACCACACUUGCACAGUGUCUGCUAGAGGGAGCUGCAGUGCUGGGAGACGACUCUCUGUUAGGAAAGAUGCUGAAGCUGUGUGGAGACACCGAGGACAAGCUGGCCCAGGAGCUCAUCCUCUUCGAGUUCCAGAUCGAACGAGAUGUGGUUGAACCACUCUAUGUCCUGGCUGAGGUGGAAAUCCCCAACAUCCAGAAGCAGAGGAGACAUUUAGCCAAGCUCGUCCUAGACAUGGACUCCUCACGGACCCGGUGGCAGCAGUCCUCAAAGUCUUCAAGCCAUCCCAGUAACCAGCAGCAGGGUGGGGCCAAGGCCGACCAUCUCAGGGAGGAGAUGGAGGAGGCGGCCAAUCGGAUGGAGAUCUGCAGGGAUCAAUUGUCGGCAGAUAUGUAUAAUUUUGUGGCCAAAGAAAUAGACUAUGCAAACUACUUUCAGACGUUAAUAGAAGUACAGGCCGAGUACCACAGGAAGUCUUUAGAAAUCCUGCAAAGUGUCCUGCCUCAGAUCAAAGCUCAUCAAGAGGCCUGGGUGGAGAAGCCUUCAUUUGGGAAGCCACUGGAAGAGCACCUGACAGUCAGCGGCCGAGAGAUCGCCUUCCCCAUCGAGGCCUGUGUGACCAUGCUGCUGGAGUGUGGCAUGCAGGAGGAGGGCCUGUUCAGAGUGGCUCCCUCAGCCUCUAAGCUAAAGAAGCUAAAGGCAUCGCUGGACUGUGGAGUUCUGGAUGUGCAGGAGUAUUCCGCUGACCCCCACGCCAUCGCGGGGGCACUGAAAUCGUACCUACGUGAGCUCCCGGAGCCAUUAAUGACCUUUGACCUCUAUGAUGAGUGGAUCCAGGCUUCAAAUAUUCAAGAUCAGGACAAGAGACUGCAGGCGCUACUGACAGCUUGUGAGAAGCUUCCCCCAGACAACAUCAACAAUUUCAGGUAUUUGAUCAAAUUUCUGGCCAAGCUGACCGAGUACCAGGAUGCCAACAAGAUGACGCCAGGCAACAUAGCCAUCGUCCUGGGGCCCAACCUGCUCUGGGCCCAAACUGAAGGGAACAUCACAGAGAUGAUGACCACUGUGUCCCUGCAGAUAGUGGGCAUCAUUGAACCCAUCAUCCAGCAUGCUGACUGGUUCUUCCCUGGAGACAUCGAGUUCAACCUGACGGGGAACUACGGCAGCCCCGCCCACACUAACCACAACUCCAACUACAGCACCACCCCCUCCCCCGACAUGGACCACGCCGACCGCAAGCAGCACGAGCAGGGCCGACGCCCGCUCAGCGUCGCCACGGACAACAUGAUGCUGGAGUUCUAUAAGAAGGAUGGUAUGGGGGUGCGUGUGAUGGACACCUCGUGGGUGUCGCGGAGGGGCUCCUCCACGCUGGCGCGCAAGGCCUCCUCCACCCCCCCGAGCGUGCAGGCCCCCACCGCAUCAGCCGACUCGCUGAUCCCUGAGCAGCCUGGAGAGCUCAGCGCCUCGCCCUCCCCCACGCCCCCGCCCACAGCCGGGGAGCGGCCCGGCUCAGAUGACAUGUCCUCACACGCCUCGGAGUCCUGUUACGUGUAUCCGUCCCCAGGAGAGAACCGGCCACCUCCCCCCUACCCCACCUCCCACCAUUACUACCCCAAGGUCCCACCCUGCCCCCGCCCUGUCGCCCCCGGCCCCGAAUCCAUCCCCCCGGGGGACUCCCCCCCUCCGGUCCGCUGGGCCACGGCCAGCCCCCCCGUCCUGCCCCCUUCCUCAUCGCCCCCCCAGCAGCUGGACAUAAACUCCAACCCCAAACCUAGCUGCCUACACCUUCCCAAACCCAGCACCAUCUGCGACGCCCCCCCGCCCGAGGCCAGCGUCACCAAACCGCCCCCCGUGCUGUCCCGGAUCGAGCCCUCCCUGGGGGGGCCCUCCAGCCUCACCCAGUCAGCCCCCCCUCCGUGGGGAGCCUGCGCCUGUAUUCGAGAGAGAGGACCCAGGCUGGCUAGUUCACUGAAGAACAAGGAGCUCUCUCCCAUGGUUGGGCACAAGGGCAUCCAGGUGCCAGGUCCCACAGUACCCCCUACUGCCUGUCCACAGGGCAGUGCCCAGGCCCAACCCAGCGAGCAUAGCCCUCACACUCUACGCAAAGUGUCGAAGAAGCUGGCUCCCAUCCCACCGAAGGUGCCGUACGUUCAGUCGGGGGGGGUGUCGGACCAGUCCACAGGUCACCCGUCCCCCGUCAGCCUGUCCCCGACCCCGCCCAGCACCCCCUCCCCGUACGGACUGGGAUGUCCCCCGGGGUACGCCACCAUGUCCUCCCCUGGCCAGCCCCCGCCCCCCGGGGGGGCUCACUCCCUGUCCUCCCCACCCUCCCUGACGGGCACGCUCACCAAAUCCCGGCCCGCCCCAAAGCCCAGGCAGAGGCCCAGCCUGCCGCCCCCGCAGCCCCCCACCGCCCCGGGACUGUCCAGCACCAGCCCCCAGCCUAUGGAGCAUACCCUGCUGGACACCAUGGCCCCCGGAGAGAGCAUGUCCACAGCAGAUAUCUUUAGCCUGGAAAUCCCCUCCUUCAGUGUUGAGUUGGGCAGCCUCCUGGAUGAGUUCAGGGUCGCCCCCUGCAGGAAGUCUGUGGCGGUGACGGACGCAUCGGAGGGGAGGGCUGAAUCCGAGGAGCCAGAGAACACGUUACUAUGAUAACAGAACGAGCCCGACCACCCCUAACCCCACCGCACACACCCACACACACCCACACACACACACACAACACAUACACAACACAUACACACAACACACUCCAGCUGUAUAUAAGAGAAUCUUGCCUGCUGAGGCUCCUGGAGAAUAAUGACUCAUCCGGAACCGGAGUUAGAUCCUCAACCGUCGGGAAAAGAAUCUAAUCUCUAUAGAUAAUAUAUAAAUAAAGUAUAUAUGAGUGUAUGGCUAUAAAUGCAACAACCCAUGGAAGACUGAACAUGGAAGGCAGAUUUUAUUGUGUUACUCUGUAUUUUGUUAACUGUUUAUUCUAUUGGCUUUAUGUUUAUAUCCUUUUUUUUUUGCUGUCUUGUUUUAAAUUGAACUUUUUUUGCAUUUUUCAGUUUUUUAUUUGCUUUUGUAUGCAUUUUUUUAUUUACCUUAAUUUUCUAUUCGCCUUAUAUAUUUUACUACUUUUAGCCAUUAUUGUUUUGCCUUUAUCUGCACAAAAGUCUUAAAAAAAGAAUAAUAAGUUUGCCUCCGCUGUUUGUGUGGAGUCCUGAGGAACUAGACUUCCCAUGUUGCACUGCCUCAUUUAUUGAGCCCGCUCUGUGUCCCGGCCCUGCCCCAGUGCCGGGGCCACCGUUCAUUUCACAGAUUCUGUGCUCACCACACCGACGCUGGAAGCAGCGUGUGGAAACCUGAAAAAGCUGAAUUAACUGGACCUCUUCAGUGGAGUGGAACACGUUCAGCAGAAUUUGUUCAGUGGAGCUACUUCAACCUGUGGAAUCCUAUUCAGUUUCAUAGAUCUACUGGACGCAAAUCAAAACAGCCUCCUCAAAGUGUUCACUAGGGGCAACAAAACUAAGUGGGAAGCUUGGUGAAGUGAAUGUCUACAGUAUCAGAGGAAUGUAUCAAAGAUCACUCUACUUGAGAAGUAGAAUAUAUUAUCUUUGACUGUAUUGUAUAUAGAAUGUGUUGAAUUGAACUAUCUGUGGUUAUAUGAGUUUAAUGUCUGGCUGCAUCCAUUACGGACAUCAACAGACUCUUUUUGAACAAACUAUAAAAAAAACCUGGGUUGGAUUGGUUUUCCCAGAUCUCUCACAAUAGCCUCCCUCGCUCAGGUCUUGUCCCACCUGUGGAAAACCAGCCCACAUCCCAAAGUCUGUCACCCCUCCCCCCUCCCCCUUUCUUUGCCAUAAUCUUCACUGAUGCCCAGUUGGAACCUUGAAUAACCAAAACAGAACAGGAAACAAAAACUUGAACCUUUGAGUCAAAGCAGGAAGCCUACUUUCCCCCCAGGUUUUCUGACCAGGAAGCAGCAGUGGAUUGUGGGAGUUUUAGUGCUUGUUUAUCUUUUUUUGGGAGGGACUGCUUGUUUUAAGCUGCUUUUCCGCCUGCAAAUUGUGCAUAACUGUAAAAUGUCCCCUGCACUGUGGUGUUAAUCUGUCCCCUCAGUUAAUGCUAUAGCUGUUUGACUUUUACAACUGACACUCACAUACGCAUGCACACUCACACAUACACCGACUCUCUCUGCCUUGCCACUGCUUACACAGAAACACUUACCCACUUUCUCCACAGCAGACCUUGAGCCACGCGAGUGUUGGCAGGUGCCAAAGUCGGACUGACCCAGUAUGGCGCGUUCACCUUAUCGUGGAAUUGUCCACAACCGGAGCCCAAAUGGGGGUCUGCUUGAAAUUACCUGCAGUCUGAGGCUGAGUUCUCACACUUCAGAGUCAUACAAUUGAGAAAAACAACAUUUUGACAGAGGUAAAAAUUGGUUGAAUUGUUCUUGUUGAGCAAUGAUUAUCAAUUAUCUUGAAUAGCUGAAAGACACUCGCAUAGCUUAGCAUUUUGCUAAUGUGCUAGUGUGCUUUGCUGAUCUGAAGGCAUCAUGGGAACCUGCAGAAAAGCAGACUAAAUGAGAACCAGAGAGGCUCGCCCGGCUCCAGCUCUGCAGUGGAAACAAGGUGAUAAAUGUACUUGCAGGGAACAGGGUCCUCUUGAUGCGUGAGUGGGGUUUGUAGUUCCAGGAUGUGUAGUUCUUUUUUGUUUUCUCAGGAGGUCAGCUGAAAUUUAUUUGUAGUUCAAAAAUAGUGGAAGUAUGGAUAUUUCUUGGGAAUGUGAUGCAAUAUAUGAAAAUACAUAAUUGUUAUAAUUAUUAUUAUAGUAUUUAUGAUACAUUUACAUUUUAGGAGAUAUUUUUUAAAUGAAGUGUUUAAAUGAGGAAGUUGACAGUGGUGCAGAGUGGACAUUGUUGCCACCUGCCGCUGAAGUGAAUUCUGAAAACAGACUCUUUAGCGCGUCACCUGUAGAACCUGGCAUUCAGCAGCUGAAGUCCUAUGUAGAACCAUGCCUACAGAACCCAACAUGCACAAUCUGGCCUUCAGAAACUGAACUACAGUACAAAACCAGCUUCAUUAGGUCUCGCUGCAUAGAACAGAACGCAUAUAGAUCCAGACUCCGAGCCCAAUGCUAAGUAUAGAAACAUGCCUUGAACCCAGCCCUCAGAAUUUAAAGUAGAGAACCAGUCCCUCCGAUUAAAAACUGGAAUUUUGGAAGCUGAAGCACAUAACCCCUUGGACCCCAGCCUCCAGAACCCCAUCUUCACGACUGUAAGGGACAAAAGGGUGGUGGCGAACCGAUCAGCAGGAAAAGGGGGGAACUGGCCUGGGACGGGAGACUCCGUCACAUCCCCGCACGUGUCCAAACAGUCUCAGUAAAGUCUCAGAGUCCAGAGACGGCCGGAUUCACACCACUCACACUGCCUUCAAAUGCUGCUCUCUCUACCCUUCAUCUCAAGUGCUCCAGCUCCCGAGCUCACCACAGUCACAAUGUGAAUACAUCGCCUUGUACAUAGACAUGCAUUUGCCUACCUGCAGGGAGAAUUCCUGACACAAAAUAGAUAAAUAUAUAUAAAUAUGAACAUAUGUGUAAAUAUGAAAGGUAGUGUUUUUUUUUGUGUUCCUGACAAAAUAUUGCUAGACUCACAGCUAUUUAGAAAAUGCAUUAAGCUUUUGCCCAGUAUGCAAAUCUGUGGCUGCAGUGUGGAAAUGUUACAGUGAGAAUGAAUACAAUGGCGUGGUACUUAUCCUAAUUCAUUAGGACUUUCUGAUUGUGAACCUGGACAUUUGUGGAAGUUUUAAUUUUGAGGGUGCAUAAGGAGACCUGAGUGUAAGGGGCUUUAUUUUUGAGGUGCGCUUAUAAAAUGUUCUCUCUCACUUCUAUUACCGAACUGUAAAAUUCACAUCCUCUUAUCUAGAAUUGUAACACUCAUCAUCUCAAUACUGUACAAAAUUGUAAAAUGCACUGUCCCAUUCUAAUUCAGAAUCGUAGAAAACGGUCUCUCGCUAUAAUCCUGAACCUUAAAUUGCACUUUCAUCCCCUCAUUGCAACCAGGCAUGGUAGGAUUCAUACUCUUAUCCAGAGAUCCAAUGAAUUUUGCUGUAUCCCUCUCACUGAGUUAUAGAAUUCGCCCUCACGUUUUUAGUAUGGAGAAGUGAAUCUUAAUAAGUGUGGUUUCUCUCAGCUGUUCAUCUGUCACAGUUCUCUUUCUAUUCCGUUUCUGCUCCACCUUCGUUGUUUGGAUGAGUGCACAGUGCUGGUGCAGGCAGGGCUUGACCUUCAGUGUUCACCUGCUCAGCUGAACUGGAUCUAGCCCAUACAGACCCAAUUACCCCCACCAUUUUGGAAUUAGAAUGCCCCAAGAAACUUCAUCCUGAAUUGCCCAGGUAACGCAUACCGUUUGCGACCACCAGAGGGUGUUGACUAGACCCUGAGUCACAGAAAAUACACUUGCUGCACAGUGUCUGAGCCUGUUCAUUUCAGUCAGUGAGGACUUGUUACGGUCUUUUGGACUUCUUCUGGUCUGUAUCCGGCCAUCGACCCCUCUCUCUCUGUCCUUUUAUUGUCCUUCCAGCCUGUGUCUCCAGGAAGUUCAUCCCCUGAGCCAAUCAGGCAGUAGCUCAGUCACAAUCCCAAAUUUAGAAAUCACCUGCCACGCGAAGUGUUAUUAUUUAUUACAUGAAGUGAAUUAAUUUUGCUCUGCCUUUUUCAUGCUCUGUGCCAAUUUAAACACAUUUUUACUGUUUGUCAGUUUUUAGGUCGCCUGGAAUAACAGGGAAAUGAAGUGAUAUAUUCUCAAAACACACAACUAGUGAUUUAGGCUAGGUUUUACCUUGCCGAGGCCCAGUAAUAUAUGAAUUACAUUUAUUCAUAUUGCUGAUGACAAUGGUUAUGACAUGUUGAAAAGUAUUGAUGGUGAUAGCAAUGUGUGCCCUUCAUUUUGUUGUGGACGUAAUUAAGGUGAUGGACAAUUUUUCUGUAAACGCACAUCAGUCUGUAAUGAUUUGAUAAACAUGCUGUAACUACAGGGAAAAUUGUCUUUAUAGCCGCCAGUGUGUAUGUACAGUAUGGAUUGAGUGCAGCUUUCUCAAAAGAGGUAAUCCCAUGGCAAACAUUUAAAAAAACCCAUGAACUGUGGUAGAGAGACCCAUGCUUUUCCUGAAUGUUCUCUGAAAGAUGGUACAAAUCUCUUUUUUUGUCCCAGUGUGUAGGUGGAAUGUGGAAUGUAGUUUAUGACCCUGUAAAAUUCACAAAUCAUCUCUGGCAAUCUGAAAAAUAAUUAAAACUGAAAUUAAACUUG